CCUGGAGGUAGUACAGUCGGAGAACAUGAACACGGCGGUUCUUCUGCUUGACCUCGAGAAGGCCUACGAUAAGGUACGAUGGCCUUUCGUGUUUACGACUCUGAGGAGAAUGGGGUUUGGACCCUCCUGCAAAUGGACGGUGGCCAUGUACACGAUGUCGACAUCUGCAGUCAUGAUCAAUGGGCACCUGUCAGCCUCCUUCAAACUCUGCCGCUCCCUGAGGCAGGGCUGUCCCCUAGCCCCACUGCUUUUCGUGUUGCAGAUGGAGGUGGUGUUGAACAAAGUUCGGCGGAAUCCGGUAAUUAAGGGACUGGCCUUACACAGCGGCGCGCAGUGCAAAGUCAAAGCCCUCGCAGAUGACCUGUUUGUCAUCAGCGAGAACUCGAGGGAAUCAUUGAAUGCAUUGAAGAACGUCCUAGUGGAAUACUCGAACCUCUCUGAAGCUUCAGUGAAGUGGAGCAAGUCUGUGUUUUUGCUGCCAGCACAGUUUGAACUAACUAUACAAUGGGGAAUGAAGAGGAUCAGAGAGGGGGAGGAAGGGAGGUUUUUGGGAGUUCUGGUCAGCUUGCAGGGGGAGGUGUCGACGCAGGGUCUGCUACUUCAGCAAAGAGUAACAACUAGACUGCGUAUGUGGGGUUUAAUUUGGCACCUGUCAGUCAUAGGGAGAGCAUUAGUGGCGAAUGUCGCACUGUUCUCCAUCAUGUGGUUUGUUAGCACAGUCAGGGAGGUGUCAGACAGUGUGUGGAAGGCUAUUAAAAGACUGGUGGCGCGCUUCAUCUGGAAACCUCGAGCAAAGGACGGACAAGGAUUCCUGAUCAAGGUUGCCUGGGAUUUGCUCACCUUCCCACGAGUCGAGGGGGGAUUGAACUUGAUUGACCCUGCAAAGAGAAACCAAGCCCAACUCAGUAUGUGGCUUCACAAAGUGGCUAUGGACCCGGUAAAGGAGCAAUGGAUGGAGUUAGCGGAGCAGAUUCUCAUUGAGUUAGCGGAGCAGAUUCUCAUGAAGGAUUGGAAUCUGAGCCGCCCUCAGGACGUCUGGCACUGCAUGUUCAUUCCAUCCUUCAGGCGCAAGAAGCUGAAAUCACGAUUCUGGCGCGAGGUGUUAAAAGCGUGGGGAAGCUUACCACCAGAGGGGUGCACUCAACCACGGACAAAAGGAGGAAGUGCAAGCUCAGUUGCUGUUCGAAAACCCUCGGAUUACAAAGGCAGAGGGCUCGUGGUUCAAAGCAGACGGUUCCACAGGCUCCUUUGGAUUAGCAUGGGUGCGAAAAGGAGUCAGCACCAUUGGAGAUCUGUGGAACCCACUCUUGGGUACGUGGAAAGCCCUACCUGAGCUACGAGAACACUCAACCCUUUGAGGAAUGUGGAACAGCACCGGAAACAGUUAUUGGAGGCCAUCCCAGAA